AAGGGUCUGUCUGCAGAGCCGCAGAGCCACGGAUAUACGCCAGCAGAUUCACGCCAGCAGAUUCAAGCCGGUGGCAUUCUGAGCAUGCGCAGUAGGACAACGCGAUUCUGCUGGGAUUGAAAUGCAUGUUUCAAUCCGAAAAGGCAAUUCCGUGCCAAAAUAUGAGCAAUGUGGCACAUGUUGCCAAAAAUAUCACUGCCCGUUGUGCUCCAUACAGCAUUAUAAGCCAACAUCGGCCACAAAACUUAGGAGUCACCUAAAACUCCAUUUUAACCGAGCAGUCCAACAUGAAGGAUACACUAUUCACCGAUGUGGCUUAGGGUGCAGGGUACAACUCCAUUAUCACUGCAUGUACUGUCAGUCAACUGUGCUGCGUAAGGAAGACUUUGAAAACCAUUUGAUUGUGUGCAAGACUAAACAAUCAACCACAACACCUCUGUCUAAGCAAUGUUCUUCAAGUCCCAAGCUGUGCCCACCAAGUGCUGAGCCAUGCACACCUAGUAUUGAGCCAUGCCCCCACAGUGUAAAGCUGCAAGUACCCAGUUUACAGCUGGAAGCAACACGUGCAAAGCCAUGUCCACCCAGUGUAGAGCUAGAAGCAACAAGUGCAAAGCCAUGUCCACCCAGUGUACAGGAAGCAACACGUGCAAAGCCAUGUCCACCCAGUGUACAGGAAGCAACACGUGCAAAGCCAUGUCCACCCAGUGUACAGGAAGCAACAUGUGCAAAGCCAUGUCCAUCUAGUGUACAGCUAGAAGCAACAAGUGCAAAGCCAUGUCCACCCAGUGUACAGCUGGAAGCAACAAGUGCAAAGCCAUGUCCAUCUAGUGUACAGCUGGAAGAACCCAGUGCAAAGGUGCCUGCACCUGGUACCAAGCAGUUCCUACCCAGUGUAGAGCCGUCUCUUUCCAGUGCCAAGCCAUGUAUGUCCAGUGCAGAGACAUGUCCACAUAGGGCAGAAGAAGCUGACCUGGAAAUUCAUGCACUCAAAAGAGUUCGUGUGAGGCCUGUUGUCCGUGAAAAAUGUCCUAUGUGCAAAGUUCUUAUGAACAAACGCAACAUCAGAAAGCAUAUAGACCGUAAGCAUACAAACCAGGAGCUUUUUGAUGUAACUUCUAAAUACCACCUUAGGAGUGAGUGUAUUGAUGAGGUUAAUGGUAUCUUUUCUGUCCAAAAGACUUUCCAUGGCCACAGUGUCCCUCUUCAUGUCCAGAAUAAAACAUGGGGUGAAAAUCAUCAUGUGUUUUGUGAGUCACAGAACUGUCAAGUUAACAUGGAUUUAGCAUGGAGGAGUGGCCUAAAAUCAUAUAAAUGUGUACAUCUUAGGUCAAUCACUUACUGUACAGGUUCAUGUAAGUCUAGCACACUGCUAGAAGGUUCUUUAACAAAGAUGGUGCAAACUAAAUGGUUCAGUGAAGAGACAAAAAAGAAUUGCCUUGCACGACAGAGACUGGCCAGAGAGAAUAAUGUUCCUCUCUCUGUUUGCCUAAAUAUAGGAUUUCCUCAAGCAAAGAAAGUUGUGUCUGUAUUUGAGCCCACUGUCUCAUAUUACAGUCGCCUUGGACGAGUUAUGGUGGUGUACAACAGCAGAUUAAACUCGUGGCAUUGUCCGUGUUCUAAAACAAGACGGUCCUGUGCACAUAUUUAUGUGGCCAAGUGGCAUCUUUUCCAAGAACAGUCUGAUUUGUUCAGGACAGUUCGAAGCACAGAAGAGAUGGAUCCAAUUGCUGGCACAAUCGAGCAUGAACGUCUUGGGGACACAGACGAGAAGGGAGUGACAAGUCCUACAUACCCACCAAAAGGUGAUGGCCUGAACAGUAUGGUGAAAUACAUACUCAGAAAGAAGAAGGUACCUGCUGUGUUACCAGAACAUUUACGCCUACCAUCAAAAGAAUUGCAGUACCCAAGAUAUAUAAUUCCAGAGGAAAUGAUGUGCCAGAUCUGUCCAGGGAAUGUGCCUCUCAGUGAACCGAUCCUCAUCACUGACAAAGCAAGGAUCCUUACCAGCUUUGGCAUUGUUCAAAAUGUUUCCACCUACUGCAAACGUUGCCCAGACUGUGAGGUCUAUUACCGAUAUCAAGAGUGGAAGGAUGGGGUUCAUAAUUUCAGUGACCACAUAUUACUUGACCUACCCCUGUGUAUCAAACUGAGAAACCUACUACAGGUCCAUACAGCAGUCAGCAGAGCAGUUGAUUAUAUCCAGCUUAACACAGGAGUAAGGUUCCCCUCAAAAGACACAGUGCUCCAUGGAUAUCUGCAUUUUGAAGCCCUCACAGACCAUGAAUACAAGUAUUCAUGUGUCACCUGUGGUGAUCAUCCUGCUGUGGUCAUAAUGGAUUUGCAUAAGAAGGCUGCUUUUCAUUUGUCAAUAACUGACCUGGGAGGACCACCACAUAAUUAUACUGGCGAAGUGGAUAUAGAGAAGUUUUGGGAUGCUCUGACCAUGGAGAUGAUUGGUCGUGGAUUUGUAAAAAGUUCAAAACACAAUCCAUUUGCAGUCCCACCGACCUAUCACUUUUGGGCUCCAUGGAUUGGUCCAUGUACAAGGAAGGCUGACAUUGUGCUCAAUACUGAGUUUGCAAAGAUGCAUGCUCCAAAAUCCACUGCUGAAGUAGAAGAGCUAACCGUCACUGAGGAACGUCUGACAGAUGAGCUUUCUAAACAAAAGGUGGGAGUCAUACGAAAUUUAUGUAGAGAGUGUGGUUUAGACUCCAGAGGAUCACGCAGUGAUCUCCUUCUCAGACUUUCCAGUGAGAUGAAAACAAGACAGGCUUAUGAUAAAGUGUUUGAGAAAAUUUGGGCAGCCUCAGGAGGAUGGGCCGUGGUCAUGUGCCCCUGUGGCAUUGUGUACAGUAUCAAGCACAACAUUCGUGCUGAGAGUCCACGUGACUUUGCAGAUAUUCUUCUCUCAUGGAGGCACAUGCCGAAUGUUGUCAUAUAUGAUUUUGCACGUGGGCUAGCCACCCAUACUAACUUGAGAGAACCCGAAAGGGUGCCCUUUAAACCCUUUGAAGGUCGAUUAAGGGCACCUUCUAAGGAAACAAUAGCCCUUGCAAAACAAGGAAAGGUUAAGGUAUCCCUACAUUGGCUAGACAGUCCCAAAGUAGUCCCAGACAAGGGGGGUCACCCAGUUACUGGCUCAGCACAGCAUUAUUGCCUAUAUGACAAGUUUCAUGAGGCAAAUACAAAAGACGACAGGGACCUACUUCGGAAAAUUUCCCUGGUCCCACAGCUGGCUGGCAAAAUAAAUAGUCAAGUGGCAGAGCAACUAUUUGGCAAACUUAGAAAAAACAACUACUUCCUGAACAUGAGCCAGCCCUCUACUCAUGUAUUCUUGAUGAGGAACAUUGUUCAUCACAUGAAUGUACAAAAAAACAAAGCCAGGUUGGAGACAAUCCAAAGGACCUUUGGAGUUGAAGUGUCAAUGAACAUCCACAGUCAAGCUGUGAUUGGAUCUGCAGUUUCCUCUGAGAUCACUGCUGACACAGUACCUGACACAGUACCUGACACAGUACCUGACACAGUACCUGACACAGUACCUGACACAGUACCUGACACACAAGUGGUGGUUUCAACUGUUGAAGCAGUACAGGUAUGUGGAGAUGAAUGUCGACAUCUGACAUCGCUGGACAACAUUCAUGCCACAAGAGCUGCCUGGAACUUCACUUUACAUCCUGGUCAGAUGGCACUGCUUGAUUAUGUUCUGGACACAAUGAGGACUCCAGAUGAGCCAGUAGUUGACGUUGGCACAACCACACUAAAGCGCUCUGACUUCAUAUCAUUGGGUUUAUGUGAAGAAGUAGAGGCAACAAUUGUCAAUUGCUGUUUUAAAGUGAUAAGCGACAUCGGAAUACAUCUGGGAAAGGAUGUGCAUGCCAUUGAUUCAUACGUUAUAGCAAGUUGGAUGCCCCCUCUAGAUGCAGAUCCAAUUCAGUCUGUUCCUGUGGAUGCAGCAUCUAAGGACAUGAUUCUUCUUCCUGUGUGGAAACCAGGACACUGGGUUUUGUGUCAAACUAGCUAUGACAAUAUCACCAGGCCACUGGAUCCUGAUGAAAAACAAGGAUAUCCCCCAGCAACAUGAUGUGACAUCCUGUGGAGUCUUCAUGAUUAUGUAUGCAUUGCACAUCGUCUUGAAUGAGCCAUUCAGUUUCACUUCUCAUGACAUUCCAGUCAUCAGACGGUGGUGGUGCUUACUCCUCAUGGAGAAUUUUCCCCUUGGAGGACAUGGAAGGCGAUUUGCACACUGGGCUGCAGAGGCCAUGGAACUUGGGCCUUAUCCCACUAAAAGUGAGUCAAAGAAUAGAACAGAAGAAAUGGAACCUGAGAGUGGAGCACGAGAGGAGGUCACUACACCUCUUGAAAACAAAGGUGUAAUCAGACAUAUAAAAGCAGGUGUUGAAUGGCUGAAGAAUAGUCAGCAUCUGCUGAAGGACAAAUGCCUGACACCACAAAUCCUUUCCAUGGAGGAGGAAGAUGCGCGGAAUGCCCUUGCUCAUCUGGAGGCUCACUGUACAGCAUCUGUGUAUGAGGAUGAUAUGGAUGAGGAUGAAAUAAGGGCCCCAUUUUAUUUUACCUUUAAAAGCAUGAAAGACAUGGGCUUGUUCUUGUCAGAGGUUAGGGAUAAAAGAAAGAUUAUGGUAUCCUCUUUUUACAACCCUGAUAUUUAAGGUGUUUCCUACACCUAUACCAACAUCAGAAACAUCAGUAGCCUAUUCACAGAAAAUUCACUGAAGUAUUCCGUUGAUUACUUUUUUUCUGCUGCUUAUGUUGAUUUGUGUUGAUUGCCGUUAAGUACAGUUUUUUGUUUGUUUCAGUUGCUUAUUAUUAACCUACUAUUUUAUUGUCUUAAUACAGUUAUUAUGCUCAUUUUAUGUCUCUUUAUGUUGUUUUAUUAUUGCACAUGGAAUUGUACACAUAAAGACCAUGUAUU